AGAGUGCACUAUAUUUGACAUAAUGACGUGGUGAACAGUGUGUGAAAAAAGAACAAUAAAUGACUGAUGCCGACACAAUUAUUAAUUUAAUUAAUUAAUUUGUAAACAACCGUGCUAUAUUUAUAUAUCGUCAACAGCAGGCAUUGAUACCUGAGAUAAACAUUGACAGCUAAAUCGACACUAAAACAAGCAGUUUGUAUAAGCAAGAGGAAGGAGGUCGACCAGGCGUAGAUGUCUCACCAAGGCAAUGAAAUAAUUUAAACUUUGAAAGUGUUUUUGUCCACUUUUUGCUUGACAACGCGAUUGCGUCUCAAGCAGCACCAACCAAUUUACAUCACAAACACAAAUACAACGUCGUCCACAAUUGUGAGAAGAGAGGAAGACGGUGUAGCUGUUUCUGCUGAGGUAGCUAAAGAACGCUGCAGGGACUAUGAUGAACGAAGACAAUAGCAGUGCCUCGACGGCGACCAGUAGCGCCGGUGGCGUUAAAAAGUUCUUUCAGCGUUUAUCACAGACCUACCAAUCGUCACUUGAUCGUUCCACACCGCACACACGUAUGCGCUGGGUUUUUGCUGGAUUCGUGUUGCUUUUGUUUGUGCUGCGCAUAUUCAUUUAUCAGGGCUGGUAUAUUGUGUGUUAUGCCCUAGGCAUCUAUCACUUGAAUUUGUUUAUUGCAUUUUUGACGCCAAAAAUUGACCCUGAGUUUGAUCCGUAUGCGCAAGAUGAAGAAGACGAUGGACCUAAUUUGCCAACGCAUAGUAAUGAGGAAUUCCGGCCUUUUAUACGCCGACUGCCUGAGUUUAAGUUCUGGUUGUCGGUGACAAAAAGUACUGCAAUCGGUCUAUUCUGCACGUUCUUUGACUUUUUUAACGUGCCUGUGUUUUGGCCCAUAUUGGUCAUGUAUUUUAUUACGCUUUUCUGCAUAACAAUGAAGCGGCAAAUCAAGCAUAUGAUUAAGUACAAGUACUUGCCAUUUACCCGCAAUAAACCACGAUAUCAGCGUGUCAACGAGGCCGCGGGUGGCGCCAACUUUGGAGGUAACUCAAAGUGACAAUUAGCCGCACAGACGCCUGACACACAAACGACAACAUCGGUAGCAGCAGGUGCAGCAACAACUUGCGACAGCUCGGCUUCAAUGGUAGCAGCGGGUUCAACGGCUGCGGCGGCGUCAACGGCUACUGCUAAACCACCGCAAAUCAUAGCAAUUGAAGAAUAUUAGGAAGUUAUAUCAAAAACUAACUAACAGUGUCCAACAAAUUCAUGUAAAAUAGCAUUUGCAAUCAAUUCAGGUUCGGCCAUUGUAUCCAAUAGCAUGCAAGUUUGUUUGUGUAACAUUGAUUUAGUUUUUGAUUUAUUACGUUGUCGUGCGGCGUUUUGUGCAAAGCAUUGUUUUUGUUUUUAAUUUCUUUAUUAAUUUUAUAUUUAUUUACAUGCAAUUUUUUUCGCUCCAACAACAAAAGUUCAAUAUUCUAGCUAACAAUUAUAUUUUAAUUUCCGUAUUGUAAUACCUUAAACUAUGUAAAA